AAGCAGUGAGCUCACAGCGGCAGCCCAGUCUCUGCCAGGCCUUCUGAGUCAUGCUCCCCAUUACCAAAGUUUUUCCCUUUACAGCUGCCUGCUGUGUGUGUGUGUGUGUGUGUGUGUGUGUGUGUGUGUGUGUGUGUGUACACCCCCUCCAAACCGAGGCCUUGACCCCCUUGGUCUCUCUACCCUCCAUACCUUUGUUCUAGGAACUGGUAAGUUGUAAGUUCAGACACUCCUUCCUCAAAUAGGCACUGGGAGGUUCCCAUCCAGAUUUGCCACAGUGGGUGUCAAAUGGAGAGAGAGGUUUUUCAGUUUCUCUUCUAGAUCUAGGAAGUCCCUCCUAGUGUCUGGCUGCAGGCCCUCUUGCUACUGCAGGAUUCCCCCAAAUCUGUCCACUCCCGUUUACACUUACUUGCCUGGCUGGACAAUAAGAGGAGGCAAAAGGGUGUGCCCUCAGCCCUGUCCCCCAGACACCCAGGCCUGCCCCUUCCCAGAACUGCCAUCCCCAGAAGCAUCUCUAAGCGCGUGGCCCUCUGGAGCUUGGCUGGCCGCCUCCCUCCAGUGUGGGUGUUUGCACUUGAACACCUCCCUUCUGCCUGCCCACCGCCCCCCCUCCUCCAGGCUCAGCUGUGGCCAGCCCCCUCCCCCUCCUGUCCCCUGCUGCAUCCCUGCAGCCUCUCUCCCUCCUGGCAAAGCCUUCAGCCCAGCCUGCUCCUAGCUGUCCAGGGCGCCUCAGCAGCGGCUUCCCUCCCUCCUAUCCUCCCUGGCUGCCUCCGCCUCCCCUCUCCUGCCCUCUUUCCCCUUUCACCCCAUCCCCUGCCCUGGACUCUGCAAACAUGAGGGUCUUGGCGUGUCUUCUUGCAAUGCUGGUGGGGAUCCAGGCUAUAGAGCGACUCCGCCUGGCUGAUGGCCCUCAUGGCUGUGCAGGACGCCUGGAGGUCUGGUACAGCGGGCGCUGGGGCACCGUGUGUGAUGACGGAUGGGACCUUCGGGAUGCUGCAGUGGCCUGCCGUGUGUUGGGCUGCGGAGGGGCGCUAGCCGCCCCCGGGGGUGCCUUCUUUGGGGAGGGCACUGGGCCCGUGUGGCUCAGUGAGCUGGCCUGUCGGGGCAGUGAGGGACAGCUGGGUAUCUGUCCCCACCGGGGCUGGAAGGCUCAUAUCUGCUCUCACGAGGAGGACGCGGGCGUCGUCUGUGUAGGUCAGCGUGCAGCUAACUCUAGAGAAGACUCAGUGUCCCUGCUGGAUGGGGACCCAUGGCUGGCACUGUCUGGGGAGCUGAGCCCCAGCUCAGAGGAGCCCCCUAUAACUCAUGCUCCCCAGCCGGCAGCAAGCUCCCAGAAUGGCCCCCGAAAGAAGAACCCCCGGCCACCCAAGCAGGUCAAGUCCACCCGAGCCCCUGUACUGACAAAUGGAGCUCCCCGCCAAGAGCGGCUGCGUCUGGUCUCAGGUCCCCAUGGAUGUGCCGGCCGCCUGGAAGUCUGGCACGGUGGACGUUGGGGUACUGUCUGCGAUGAUGGAUGGGACCUCCGAGACGCAGCAGUGGCCUGUAGGGAGCUAGGAUGUGGGGGAGCGCUGGCCGCCCCUGGAGGUGCCAGAUUCGGACCUGGUGAGGGACCCGUGUGGAUGGACGAUGUCGGGUGUGGAGGAGGAGAGGAGGCCCUCCGGGACUGUCCCCGAAGCCCCUGGGGCCGGAGCAACUGUGACCACACAGAGGAUGCAGGGCUGGUCUGUACUGGUCCUGCACCCAGGUUGCGCCUUGCUGAUGGUCCCCACGGCUGUGCUGGGCGCCUGGAGGUUUGGCAUGGUGGCCGCUGGGGGUCGGUAUGUGACGAUGCUUGGGAUCUUCGUGAUGCCGCUGUGGCCUGCAGGGAGCUGGGCUGUGGGGGUGCCCUGGCUGCCCCAGGGGGUGCCUUCUUUGGUGAGGGGGCUGGACCCAUCAUCCUGGAUGACCUCAGAUGUCGAGGAAACGAGACAGCCUUACGAUUCUGCCCUGCGAGGCCCUGGGGUCAGCAUGACUGUCACCAUCGGGAGGAUGCUGGGGCUGUGUGUGAUGGCAUGCCUCUCGGUGGCGAUGUGCAGCCUACAGCUCCUGCAGUGGACAGCAACAGAACAACACCCAGGCUCCAGUCUACCUCAGUGGGUCAUACGCCAGGCCCAGCAGGCAGUUGGCCUCCUCCUGCUUCUCCUACUGCCCCUCCAGAGCCUGGACCUGAAGCUGGGUCCCCCCAGUUGCGCCUGGUGGCUGGACCCAGCAGGUGCUCUGGUCGGCUGGAGGUAUGGCAUGAUGGACGCUGGGGGACAGUAUGUGAUGACAGCUGGGACAUGAGAGACUCAGCUGUGGUCUGCCGGGAGCUGGGCUGUGGGGGGCCCCGACAGCCAGACCCUGCAGCAGGCCGCUUUGGCUGGGGCGCAGGCCCCAUCUGGCUGGAUGAUGUAGGUUGUGUGGGGACGGAGGCUUCACUGUCAGAAUGCCCUGCUGCUUCCUGGGGGAAACACAAUUGCGCCCACAAUGAGGAUGUCGGGGUUACCUGCACCGGGACCCCCGGCCUGGACACCAUCUCAGACCCUUUCAGUUGGAGCUGGCUCCCUGGGCUGGGUAGAGAUCAGGAUGCCUGGCUCCCAGGAGAGCUGGCCACCAAGCCUUCUGCCAGUCUCACCUCCAGUGUGCUACAGAAAACCACAAAGGCUCCAGGGAAAGUGCCCAAGAGUACCAAGAAGUGGGUGACUAAAAAUGCAAAGAGACCAACCACUCAGCCCCCUGGGAUACCAAUCACUAAACGCCCCAGGGUCCCAGGCACCCCAACCUCCCUAAGCCCAACCCCACGUACCUCUGAGUUACCAAAGAGACUUACUGCCGAGGCUCCUCGCAGACAGACCUCACACACCACCGAAAGGCUGACCCCUAGGGUCCCCUGGGAGUGGACCUCAGAGACCGCGGCAUCACUGUCCACUCAAGGCCCCCAAGAAGUGACCUCUGAGGCCACCACCGCACAAACCCCUCAGACCUCCUUGGAGCCAUUUGGUGAGAACCCAGAAGGCUCUCUAGAAUCUUCCCAGGAUCCAGCUGCCACCCCGACUGCUGGAGUUCCCGUGCCAUCGGGCUACACAGGGGAUGACGAUUACCCUUCCUGGACCUGGGACCCCACUUCGGAAGAGGACCUGACCAAAAGGACCACAGUGGCCACACAGCCUGGACAUACACCUUCCUGGGCUACUACCACAAACCCUGAAGUUCUCUCUCCAGCAACGCAGAGCCUUCCAGACAUAGAUGACCAGGGUAGUUAUGAGCUCUCCUGGACAUGGGAUACACCUUCAGGAAGGAGUCUGUCCAAAGGGACCCCCACCACAACCAAACCUGGAUCCACAGUUACCACUAGCACCAGAAAGAGUCCAGGCCAUCCCUUUCCAGCUCCAAGGGCCCGUGCAAACACAGGUUUACCAAGGAAGCCAAAACCUGAGCGCCGGACGCUGCAGCCCACCUCAGCCAGGACGACACACACCACCUCAUCCCCGGCUUCCUACACCUCACCAGAGCCUUCUGGCUCACAGCAGACCUCUGGCUCCUGGCCACAACUCUUCCCAGACUUGGCUUCAAAGCAGGAGGGGACGUCUACCCCUCCCAAAACAUCUCCACUCACCCCAGGACUUCCCUCCCCAACAAACUUUGCCUUGUCCACUACUGAUGCCAGUUUGCUUCCAACACGUCCCCCAGAGCUUUCAGGCAGCCCAACAUCCAACUCCCCUGAAGGGCUAACCUCUGACUCCCCCAUGCUAUUAGAAGUGAGCAGCCUUUCCCCUACCUCAGAGCUGACGCCAGGAUCUGACAUGACACCAGACCUGGGCACAGCACCCAAAAUAAUCCCAGAAAGUUCUGAGUCCUCAGACCUCCCCACGAGCCCCAGCACCCACACACAACCAUUCACAGCCUCUUACCCUACCAGCAUCCCUCACCCCACCACCAUCCCUCAUCCCACCACUACCCCUCAUCCUAGAGCCCCCUCCCACCCCACCACCAUCCCUCAACUCAACACAACUUCCUACCCCACCAUGGCCCUGCAACCUACCACCAACCCUCAGCAUCCCGGGAGCCCUCAUCCCACCACAAGUCCUCAACCUCCCACCAACACUCACUCUUCUUCAACCUCUGCCACCCCCACAAAGUCCCUUCCAUCCUCCCCAGAGACAGAAUUUUCCUCUCCUACUCCACAACCAAGGGUCAAGCCUAGCCUACACCCAGAUCUGACCUUUGUAGGAGUCCCGCCCACAGGCAAAUCCCAGAUGCAGAACCUAGAGUUCUCUCUAGCCUCAGAGUCUGGCCCCUCCAGGCCCUCUCCAGCCCCAAGCAUGGACCCACUAUCCACAGAGGUCUUCAAACCACCCAGAAGCCAGACCUUACACUCAGUUUCAGAACCCAUGGUGACCGCUGACCUUGCCAUCUCCUCUAUGGCCCACCCAUCUGACCAACCUCCCCCAGAUCGCCUCGCUCAAGGGCCAACUUCUAAUCACAACCCAGGUCCCUUUGGGCCAUGUGUCUCCUCAGUACCACCUGUAAGGGUCAUGGCUUGUGAGCCACCUGCCUUGGUGGAGCUGGUGGCUGCUGUGAGGGAGGUGGGUGACCAGCUGCAGAGGCUGACCCGGGUCCUGGAGCAGGACCGGCAGGAGCGCCAAGUCCUGGGGCUGGGCCUAGUCAAGUUGGUAGAGGCUGCCCAGGGGUUGGGGCAGCUAAGUGAGACUGUAAAGAGGCUUGCAGAGGUGGCCUGGCCCCCCAGCACACCUGUGCCCACAACCACCACCACAGAGGAGGAGGAGAGGCCUCUGAGAGGAGAUGUGUGACCCAUUCUGAAGUUCCAAGUGCUUAAGAUACUCUCAAAGAAACAAAAGCCAAAGUAUCUACAA